AUGGUCCAACUACAUAACUUUUUCUUUUUCAUUACUUCCAUGGUCGUGCCUCGUGGCACGGCAGCACCCGUACUAUUGAAAUGGUUCGUCAGUAGAGAUGUUCCCACAGGUGCCCUUUUUUCCAAUGGUACUAUAAUUCCUAUUCCUAUCCCUUCAUUCCCUCUUUUGGUCUAUCUACAUUCCAGGAAAUUCAUACGCUCCGCGGACGGAGCAAAAAGUGGAGUCUUGGUCAGAGCAAGCCGCCCUAUUCUAUUACCAGACAUAAUUGGGAGAAGCUCAUCCGAAACUAGAGCUAGAAACGCUUUAUUUCGUUUCGUUCCCGUUCUUCAUUUCCUUCUUCUCGAAUCCAAGGGGGACUUCUCAUAUUUAGAAUCUUUCUGCGGUGUGCUCCGUUUACUAUUCUUUCGUACUUUCUUCUUUUUACCACGCGAUAGGUCAGCGAAGCCUGAGCGGGCGCGGAGAAGGAAAGGCCAAACACUUCGGCCUAACGGGAAUGAGCAACGACGAAAUGAGAAGAUGAGGUGCCUCGGGCACCCCCAUUUAGAAAGAAGGGUCGAAGGUUUUGGGCCUGUAGCUUUCCCCGUCCCCCCUUCGUCGGGCGGUGCUUGUGUGGAGGGUGCGCCACCUGAAAUCGGGCUUGAAGCUCUCACCUUACCAACAAGCCGAGAGCUGAUGGCUGUUGGUCACGACUACUAUCAAAAAGCUCCUAUGAAGAUGAAUAUUUCACAUGGAGGAGUGUGCAUCUUUAUGUUGGGUGUUCUUCUGUCUAACACAAAAAAGAUAGAGUUCACUCAACGAUUGCCUUUGGGUUCCGAACUCCAUAUGGGGAAGGAGCGUUGUUGUUUGCGAGGUCUUGAUCAUUUACAUGGACCCACUUUUCAUUCCAUUUGUGGGAAUUUGAUGAUCUAUAAACCGUCCCUAACGAGCGAUCGGCUCAUGUUUGAGCAUGAUGAAUCACUUCGUGCCGACCUGUUGCCAAUCCACUUUCCGGCCUCAUAUGAGAAUGGAAAACUGGAGCAUUUUAUCCAUCGGUGGAUGAAGAAUCGCGAACAUAAUAAUUUCUGGUUGACCAUGUUCCCAGAAAAAAGAUACUUUCGAGAAAGGACGAGCACGACUGAAGUGGCUAUACAUACAAAUCUAUUUACGGAUCUAUAUGCUUCGAUUGGAACUGGAAGUUCCAGAACAGGUGGCUGGUAUACCACAAUAAUAAAACUUCCUUUUAUUUUUUUUAUUCGGAUCGGAUUUAUGUUGGCUUCGUUGGGAGGCUCGCGUAGUUUGUUACGUCAGCUCCAAAAGGAUAAGUUGCGUUGGAAUUGA